AUGUUUCCCUUUAGAGUUUCUCGGCCGUCGACGCGGUUGUUUCGUUUCUCAAUCAGGUUAUACUGCUAUGGUGCCAUAAUUUCCUUCAAUUCUCUCAUCGUGCGGUAUUCUCGUCUCGGCCAAAUUCAUAAUGCCCGAAGGGUGUUUGAUGAAAUGCGUAUGAGAAAUGUUGCGUCUUGGAAUUCCAUUAUUGCUGGUUACUUUCAGAACAGUCAACCUUCGGAAGCCCAGGAACUGUUUGAUAGAAUGCCGGAGAGGAAUGUCGUUUCUUGGAACGCGUUGAUUGGCGGGUAUGUUAAGAAUGGAAUGCUUAACAAAGCGAGGAGGGUGUUUGAUUCAAUGCCCGAGAGGAAUGUGAUUUCGUGGACGGCAAUGGUAAGAGGGUAUGUGCAAGAGGGGAUGAUAUCUGAGGCAGGGUCACUCUUUUGGCAGAUGCCUGAAAAGAAUGUCGUAUCAUGGACGGUGAUGUUGGGCGGCCUAAUACAAGAGAGACGUGUUGAUGAUGCUCGUUGGCUGUUUGAUGAAAUGCCUGAGAAGGAUGUGGUGGCAAGGACUAACAUGAUUAACGGGUAUUGCCAAGAAGGUCGUUUGGCUGAGGCCAGGGAGAUUUUUGAUGAGAUGCCGUGUAAAAAUGUCAUUUCUUGGACAACGAUGAUAUGUGGGUACACACAAAAUCAACGGGUAGAUGUUGCUAGAAAGCUAUUUGAAGUCAUGCCUGAGAAAAAUGAGGUGUCGUGGACCGCGAUGCUGAUGGGGUACACUCAAUGUGGGCGGAUACAGGAAGCUUCGGAGCUUUUUGAUGCAAUGCCACUAAAGCCAGCUAUCGCUUGCAACGCCAUGAUUCUUGGGUUUGGCCAAAUUGGGGAGGUAGGUAAAGCAAUGUGGGUAUUUGACCAGAUGAGAGAGAAGGAUGAAGGGACAUGGAGCGCGAUGAUCAAGGUUUAUGAACGGAAAGGAUUUGAAUUGCAAGCACUUGAAUUCUUUUCUUCCAUGCAGAGGCAAGGAGUUAGGCCAAAUUACCCGACUCUAAUCAGUGUACUUUCCGUUUGUGCCAGCCUUGCAAGUCUUGACCAUGGUAGAGAGAUUCAUGGUCAGUUGGUGAGAUCCCACUUUGAUCAUGACGUAUAUGUUGUCUCGGUUUUGAUUACUAUGUAUGUCAAAUGUGGCAACCUGGAAAAAGCAAAACUUGUUUUUGAUAGUUUUGCUCCAAAGGAUGUAGUUAUGUGGAACACUAUGAUCACAGGUUAUGCCCAACACGGUUUAGGAGAGGAAGCUUUACAAGUUUUUCACGAUAUGUGCUCCGUUGGUUUAGCGCCUGAUGAUAUUACCUUCAUCGGUGUUCUUUCAGCAUGUAGCUACACAGGAAAGGUCCAGGAAGGGCGUGAAAUUUUCGGGGCAAUGAAAUCCAAAUAUCUUGUGGAGCCAAGAACUGAACACUAUGCUUGCAUGGUUGAUCUGCUUGGUCGAGCAGGCCAGGUAGAUGAGGCAGUGGAUUUAAUUGAAAAAAUGCCAGUGGAAGCAGAUGCUAUCAUCUGGGGUUCGUUACUCGGUGCUUGCAGAACCCACAUGAGGUUGGACUUGGCAGAAGUUGCAGCACAGAAACUUUUAUUGCUUGAGCCGAAUAAUUCAGGGCCUUACAUUUUACUAUCCAAUAUUUAUGCAACCAAAGGCAGAUGGCGUGAUGUCGCAGAGCUGAGGAAAAACAUGAGAGAAAGAAACGUGAGCAAAUCGCCUGGCUGUAGCUGGAUUGAAGUGGAGAAAAAGGUUCAUGUGUUUACUGGAGGAGACAGCACAGGACAUCCAGAACAUCCCAUGAUCUUGAGAAUGUUAGAGAGACUAGGUGGAUUACUAAGGGAAGCUGGGUAUUGUCCUGAUGGCACCUUUGUGCUACAUGAUGUGGACGAAGAAGAGAAAGUGCAUAGCCUGCGAUAUCACAGUGAGAGGCUGGCAGUAGCCUACGGACUGCUGAAGGUGCCGGAGCCAAUGCCUAUUCGGGUGAUGAAGAAUCUUCGGGUUUGUGUUGAUUGCCAUUCCGCUAUUAAAUUAAUAGCUAAAGUUACGGGGAGAGAGAUAAUAUUAAGGGACGCCAACAGAUUUCAUCAUUUCAAGGAUGGUUUGUGUUCUUGCAGAGACUAUUGGUAAUUUUGGUUAACAAUCCAAGGAAGAUUGACUUCAUUUCAGCAGUGUGCGUACCCGCCUUAGACAGGCCCAUGGUUUAAAGUUAGCUCAGAAACUUAAUAAGACCAUUGUUUAUCCAUCUAAGCAACCCAUCUAAGCAACGGGUAAUCAAAGCCUUUGCGGCAAUGCCCCAGGUGGGCCACAUUUGCGUGGUACUAUCAUCAAUGCAAUUGGUCACUCUAAUGCUCUGUCAUUGCGAAAAUAUUGAGCUUAUGUGGUGUACUGACAAGAGUUUUAUGGCCUAGUGAUGAGAGGUCUGAAUGUUGAGCUUUGCUGAACUAGCAUUGAAGGAUUACCUUUUUGUACAAGACAAUAAGCGUUAGCUUGAGGAGGUGAGUUUUUAUCUUGUAUACGGCAUCUUGCUAACUAAACUAUGC